AUGGCGACCGACGUAUACUGGCAGGUCGACAAGGAAGAGUACAACAUCGUGGACCAGGCGGACUUCAUGCUGCGUGUCGUAGAGCACGAAAUCGUCCACCGUCCAAGCGAAGAGAACAACAACCAAGCUACCAAAGUCUCAGUGCCUAGCAUGGUGCAUCUGUUCAAAGUCGACCGAGCCACUCUCGCAACCAGCUCUCUCGUCUUCAAAAAGAUGAUCAGCCCAGACGGCCCAUUCAAGGAAAGCACGCUCACCUGCAUCGAUCUACUCGAAGACCACCCGCAAAGUGUUGAGAUCUGGCUCAAGUUGGUGCAUGGCUCCCUAGACCUCAAGUCGACGUACAGCACCACGACUAUCACCGGCGUCUGGGAGGUCCUUGAGACAGCUCACAAGUAUGCGUGGGAUCCUGAGAUGCCUGCAGCCAAGGCGUGGUUCUCAAAUUGGUAUGGCGCUCGCAACUCUGGGGAGUUCGACUUCGGAACCUGGCAGACGCUGCUCUUCCCAACGUACACAUUCGACCAUGCGCAAGGAUUCGCCGCCGCCACAAAAUACAUCGCCUACCACGCUGUCGGGCAUGCCACGGAGAAGAAGCCACCCGGGUUCUCGCACGACCAUCUCCACCUUCCUCAGCGCAUCAUUCAACAGGUGAAUGCCGCCAAAGGCCGCUUGAGGACAAUCCUCCAUCGCGGCUUGUACGAACCAAUCGAGAGCAUUCUCCGCAGCACCAUGUGUGACGAGCAUCCGAAAAGCCUGUUUUUUUACGAACUCGCCUUGACACACACGGGAGCUUGGCCAAUCGAGAGCAAGUUCCUCAACAACAACGUCGACACCAUGCUGAGGAAGCUGGCCAACUUCCGCGACCCUCCCAAGCGUGAUGCAGGAUGCUUGCAAUGCAACGACGACUUCGCCGGCUCGGUGACCGAGGCAACGAGGAAGACCAGUGAUUACUUCGACGGGUGCUGCCUUGACUGUAUGGCCCAGUCCAAGCCGAAGUUUGAAGACGAAGACAGCGAUUAUUGGAAACACUCGCGUCAGAACGUGGCGUGGGACGAAGACUGCCGGCUGUCGCACGAUCAACCAACAUGGUACUUCUCAUUCAUGGGCCGUAAGGAGAAGCAGAUCCAGUGGACGAAGCAGCAACGUCGCAACUAG